GUGUUGGGGGGCCUGCGGGGUCGGCGCAGAGAUGUUUAUUGGUUUAAUUUAUCGUGGGCGGCACACAGUAGGAUGUUUUAAGGCGUCUGGCGUUGGUUCUACGGUAGGAGUAUGUGGGUUUGAUAUUGACUCUGCAGGUGCUGAUUGGAGCAAUUCGUACGAGAAUAGAAUGGGAUAUUUGGAGAGGAAGAUUUACUGGGCAGAGAUUGCGCAAGGCCGCGAGGGGUUCAAUCACCAGGAUGCCAGGGUUGCGAGGCCUUUAACUAUCAUCGAACAGCUCACAUUAAAUGCUCGGGAAGCCGAUAUCACGGCCAAAGUGGGAAAUAAUUGGGUUCGGCUCGGCUAUCAGGUUGGAGUUGCCGAACCCGUGCCAUCCAAUACUCUCGUCUUUGUCGUGACAGGGCUUCACCGCAGCUCGUUUAUUCCACACAUCCUGCUCCCCUGCGUCCAGGAUAGCGAAAAGGAGUGCUGUGGAGAAACUAAUCGGUGGAGGACCUUUUUACAGCGGCAAUUUGGAAAGGGGGCGGUGGAGAGGAAGGAGGAGGGGUGAUUCAGUAUGUUUGAGCCUACACAGCGAACUAAGCAUGCAUGAAAGGUAGGGGACAUCAGAGUGAUUCGAUCAAUAGCGGGGAUUCUCUUUUGAAUUACACUCUCAGUUCGUGUGAUACCUUCAAAAUCUGGCGGCGCUCUGCAGCUAAAAAAAUGUAGCUAUUGAACUAUAAAGUGCGGGGGUAACUAUGUAUACAAAGAACUUAGAAAAUAAAUCACGCCUUCUUGGCCUAAACGCAGUCAAUUUGGCG